AUGAAGGCCGGCCGGGCGGGCAAGUCGAUGCCGGUCGACCAGCUGGUCGAACUGUCCAUCGAGUCGAUCAGCCACAAGGGCGAGACUCGAGGCCGGUACCUGCGCAUCUUUUGCGAGAAGGUGCGCGAGGGCGCCCACUUCAGCACCAUCUUUGCGCCAGACGCCAUGACCGUGGCCGAAUGCGUGUUGGCCGUGGCCGGCUCCCACUUUUCACGCGUCGACGUGACCCGUCUGCCAGAGGACGAAGAGUUGGCGCUGUACGAGGUGAUCGGACACAACAUCGGCUCGACGACGACGCCACAAAACGUCCGCAGACGCAGCCUCCUGCCCAGCGGACACACUCGGUUGGCCCUGACAACGACGAAGCGAGAAGCGGCUGCCGCCGCUGCCGCUGCAGCUGCCGCGGCUCGCGACGACUCGGCCUUCCACGAGCUGUACGCUCGAGAACUGCCCGCCGACCAGCGCAUCGUCGACGUCUUCGCCAUGACGACACCCAGCAAAGGUGUCUCCCGGCGCCUCGAGCUGCGCCGCCGCAAGGCGGUCGGCUGUAGCCGGCCGACGACACCGUCGCCGUCGCCGUCACCGUCGCCGUCGGGGUUCGCUGGCGGUUUAAUUUACAGCUCGCGUUUUCGCCGACUCUCACAGACCACACAGUUAUCCACGGCGUCGCUCGGCCACAUCGAUCGGUUCGUCCGGACCGACGGCGUUGUGUUGAAAGACUCGCGGUCGAGUCGGCGCGGCCGAGUCUGUCCGCCGUCGCCGUCGCCGUCGCUGUUGUCGCAGGCCGUGCCGCAGGCGCCGGCGGGGCCACACCUGCUGCUGCUGCGCGGCUGUCGGCCGGGCAGCGACGGUCUGGUGCACGAUCUGUCCGCGCUGAUUCGGCCCGACGGACUCGACUCUCGGCUCCACCAGAGCAUGGGCUUCGCGGACCACGCCAGCCUUCGGCUCCACACGGAGCCGGGCCUGCCCGCGGCCCGACAGGCCGAGCUGGCGUGCACCCACGGACUGUGCGCCCUUUUCACGGGCGGCCGCGAGGUGCAGGUGUCCGGCGACGGCGAGCCGUCGAAGGGCACCGUCUGGCUGGCCCAGACUCGCGACUCGACCUCGGCCGCGCUGCCGCCGUCGCGGCUGGCCACCCUCGUCCUCGUCAACGGCAGACGUCUGGCGGAGACGCCAGUGACGGCCGACGAGGCGAUGCAGCAACGCACGGUGGCCCUGCGUCCCGGCGACCUAAUCGAGGUGAAAGUGCUCUCGCAGCCGGCGGAGGAGGGCUCGAACGGCGCCGCAGAUGCCGCGGACGCGACUCGGCCCAUCGUCUGGUAUGCCUUCCUCUUCAAGGACCCCAGUUGGAUCUCGGAGCACCGAAUGCGACUCAACUUUCUGCCGCAUCACAUUGACCCCGUCUGGCCUCGCCUCUCGAACAGCCUCGGCACGGGUCGGUCGGCCGGACGCACGGCGAGAAUAGCGGCGGCGGCCGCUGCUGCUGCUGCUGCUGCCUCUGAGAUGGGCAGCCGAGAGGCCGUCGUCGUCUCCAGCACCAAUCGCGGCCCCACCCUCGUCGGCGAGGCUGGACACGCCGAGGACGCAGCGCCCGGAGACGGUGCUUCAGACCGUUCCAGCGUCGCCAGCGGCCUGAAUCGACCGCCCAUUCCGACAAGAAGGGCCAUCCCCGCCGACAAAAUCUCGCCCAGGUACAGCAGGUCGCCCUCUAGCUCUGACGUCUCUUCGCUUCGUUCGGUCGGCUCGUCUUCCGCCUCACUGCCCAGCCUCCUGCCAGACGAGGACCAGCUGGAGGCGCUGGUUUCCGGGCUUCUGCCCGCCAUCUCGUCGCUCAGUCUGGGGGCGGUGGCCAGCACUCCACGCCACCACAUGCUAACCGACCCAGCAACCACGGAAACCGAGGCGGCUGGAGAUCGACUGCGGACUCACGGCAUUUGGAGCCCAACAACCUGCACUGAUCCGGGCCGAGGGGCGGGUCUGCUUGCCCACCUCAUUCGACACAUCGCAGCAUGCCUCAUCGACUCACGCCAGUCACAGCUCACUUACGUACCGGUCGACAGGUUGAAACCACCACACACCGUCUCUGUGGGCACCAGCAGUGGCCAAAACUCGGCCAAGCUUUACACUGACCUAUUGGAAAGUAUUCAAUUUCACCUAUCCGAACGCAUCAUCAGCAUACAGUCGGUGAGUUGGGCAGGGCCAAAGUGCUUUUUAAGGAGCGUUUUUACCACCACAUGUCCAGAACCAACAGCCUUCUCGUUCGUUGCGGCUGAAUUAAGUUGCCCUUGCAUUGUGUCAAAUUGGGAAAUUGUCCAUCAGCCCACAUAA